AUGGUAGAUUACUACAGGGUCCUUGGACUGCAAAAAAAUGCCUCACAGGAUGCUAUCAAGAAAUCCUACCACAAACUGGCACUAAAAUGGCAUCCUGAUAAGAAUCCCAAAAACAAGGAGGAAGCUGAGAAGAAAUUCAAAGAAAUUGUUGAAGCAUAUGAGACUUUGUCCGACCCUCAGAAGCGAUUAUUCUAUGACAAGUCUAUUGAGGAGAGCAGAGCCAGCAGAGAGCGAGCUUCGGCGUGUUAUAACAGCUUUGAUUCUCAUCAUGGAUUCCCCCAUCAAGACGAGUUCUUUGAAGACACGUAUCCAUUUACAUGUAUUUUCUUGAACCCUUUUGACAUUGGAUUCAAUGGUGAGAACCGGCAGAGCAGCAGUGGAAGAGGAGGAAGGCCCAGAGAGCCGUUUGUGCAACGGAAUUCAUUCUGUUCCAGCGGGCACCCCACCUCCUUCUUUGCUGAAAACACAACUGGGCCGUAUGGUCUCAGAACAGUGAUAACCACUACUGAAGUGAUCAAUGGCAAGACUAUCACCACCCGGAAAAUCUUUGAGGAUGGGCAGGAGACAAAGGAAGUGGAAGAGGAUGGCCAGCUGAAGUCUCUAAUAAUCAAUGGGAAAGACUACCUGAAUUCUUAA